AUGAGCUCGUUUCCUAAGCCAGCCAGAAAAUCACACAAAAAAGAGCCCGCAAACUCUUUUAAGAGCUAUAAGUCAUAUGCCACCUCUCUGCAAGAAUUAGAAAUAAAGCACAGAGAAAAGAAAAGAAAAUCUGAAAAGAAAGUGAAAUGCCAGCUCAUGAUCGUUGACGAAAAUGGAGAUAAGAGGCCAGCAACUGUGUCUGAGUUGGAGUCAUUUGAGGAAGAAUAUCCUGAUAUAUCUAGAUAUUGAAGAGAUCCGGAAGCCUCAUCAGAAUUAGACACUUAUGACCAAAGCGCGCUGGAUGGCCUUAAACCCUGGGAAAAACCAGGAAAAAGGCUUUUAAAUGCUCUUUGGAGGCAUAAACAUGCAUGGAUAUUUUAUGAGCCAGUUGAUUGUGUGAAGUUGAAAAUUCCUGAUUAUUAUGAUGUGAUUGAGCAUCCUAUGGAUUUCGGGACUAUCAAGAAAAAACUCACUUUCCCUAUGUUAGAAAAAAAUUUUGUUCUACGAAGGUUUGAUUUUUUUAAAACAUUUAUAUAUAAACUAUAUAGUCAUUUUUUUCUGGAUCCCAAUCCCAAAAUAAAAGCGAAAAUUUGUAAAAUUUAUGCUUUAAAAUGCAAGCUGUUUUAAAAAUAACUGAUUUAGCUCGAGAUAUCAUUAUACUAGCUGCCAAUUAAAUACGAUAUAUUUUUUUAUAAUAAAAAAUAUUUUUGUUUUUACAGAUAGGGUUUUUGAGGAUUUUCCAAUGGUUUUAUCCACAGAGGAAGUAAAUAACAAUGUAUAUGAAUCCGGAGAAGACUUAAUAGCUGAUUUUGACCUGGUUUUUGAGAACUGCCGCACUUAUAACCAGCCCGAUUCAGAUGCUUAUCUUAUGUGUGUUCAAGUCGAAAACGUUUAUAAGAACCAAUUGAAGGUUUUGGGACUAGAAAAAUUUCAUCGUAAAUAA